UAAUAAUCUCCUCAUGCUCUGCUCCAAACCUCUCUCUGUGUCGUAAUGUUUACUGUAUUUUCUCGAGAGAGAAAAUAAGAAAGAAAAUAAAGGAAGACAUGACGACAAAACUCUCAACAUCCACCACCAUAUCCGUAUACACUCCUAUUUCCUCCAGAACUAGCCGUUUGAGCUCCUCGGUUCUUAUUCCUCGUCGACUAUGUUCCUCAGAUCUCAAGCUCAACCCUACAAGAUUCAGUUUGAGGUGCAAUAGCAGCCUCGGACCUGGUGGUCCUGGUCCUGGUGAGAAUGACAGUAGAAGUGUUCUGGAUGCAUUUUUCUUGGGUAAGGCUCUAGCAGAGGCACUUAAUGAGCGCAUCGAGUCUACAGUAGGGGAGUUUUUGAGUACAAUUGGUAGGUUGCAAGCUGAGCAGCAGAAACAAGUGCAGGACUUCCAGGAAGACGUGUUCGAAAGAGCCAAAAGAGAGAAGGAGAAAGCAGCGCGGGAAGCCAUGGAAGCACAAGGACUUGUUCCGAAAUCAUCUACAGCAAAUGGACCAGCUGUUGUUGACAGUGAUACUACAGCAAAUGUACCCUCAGCCGCUGAUGCAACAACAACAGCAAUUUAUCCGUCCUUAUCCAACUCGAGUGGCCCUGACAUUAACACAGAUCCAGGCCCUAACGACAAGGACUCCCUUUUAGGGGCCUCAAAUGAGGACUGAUGAUUUCACUUCCUUGUUGUAUUGCUUGUGCUCUCUUGAUGCAUUGUAGUUUUAGGCUGGCUUUCCCAUAAUAACUCACCAUGCUUCUAUGACAUUUGCUACACAAGCUAUAUACUUUUGUACGCUCAAGUCGAUAUGUGGCUCGGUUGGGUGAUAUCAUUUUCUGUGCAAUUGAUUUCUUUAGUGAAAACAAUUGCUGGAUUCACCAAUUGAUACGGCAGUAAGGGAGGUUCUCGUAAAAUUUUCUGAUUUACUAGUGAAAGUCAAAUGGACCAUCACAGUUUCUUUAAAAUUGUAGUAUGUGCUGUGCUAUAUAGUAUAGAGUCUGAUAGUGCAGUGGAAUGUUAUCCAAUUUAUGUGGAGGGACAUCAGUCCUGGAAAGUGAAAAUUCCACUUUGGUCCCAUUCCCUUUCUGAACAUUGAAUUGCAAUUGUGGCAAGGAACAAUUUUACAUGUUUUUAGA